UUAUUCCUCCUUGGGCUAAAAGGGGUCCAAAAGUUCAAAAAUAAAAAUAAAAUAAAAAACUCGAAACUCCAUCGCUCCGCCUUCUCGCUUCAAAUCAAACCUCAAAUAUCUCUCUCUCUCUCUCUCUCUCUCUCUCUCUCUCUCUCUGUAGCUCCCCUCCUGGGGCUCGCACCAUGCCCGCCUCUGCAUCGGUUUCGGCCUCGUCGAGCCACCACCGGGCCUCGCCGGACCUGUUGGUUCGGCUGGGCUCCACGGACCCCGAAGUCAAGCUGAGAGCGCUCAGGGAGGUCAAGAACCAGAUCAUCGGUAAUCGCACCAAGAAGCUCUCCUUUCUCAAGCUCGGUGCAGUCCCCGCCGUUGCUGCCGCCCUAGACGCCGCGCAAUCCGGACUCCUUAUCCAGUCAGCCGCCGCCCUCGGAAGCUUCGCAUGCGGAUUCGACGCUGGCGUUCGAGCCGUUCUUGAUGCCGGCGCCUUCCCCAAUCUAAUUUCCCUCCUCUCCUAUCCCGAUGAGAAGGUGGUGGAUGCUGGUGCGCGUUCCCUUAGAAUGAUUUAUCAAUCAAAACUGGCUCCAAAGUAUGAUUUCCUUCAAGUGGAAAACAUGGAAUUUUUGCUUUCUCUAUUGAGUAGUGAGAAUGAAACUGUUACAGGACUUGGUGCAAGUAUCAUCAUACAUUCUUGUCAGACAGACAUAGAACAAAACACAUUAUGUCAUGCUGGGGUUUUGAAGAAGCUUAUUAACCUGCUUGAAGGUUCCUUAAGCCAGAGAGAUGCUAGUUUGGAAUCUCUAGCCACAAUAAUGAAGGACAAUCCAGAAGCAGCCUCAAAAUUUGUCUCUGAAAGUGGAAGAGCUCUGAUCUCUGUAAUUGACUUAACUAAAGAUAGGUAUCCACGGACAAGGUUACUGGCAAGCAUGUGCUUAAUUGUAAUAAGGAACACGUCUCCUUGCCAUCUGCAAGAUAUAGGCAUUGAGACCAACUUGGUUGACCUUUUACUUGAGCUUCUUGAUGAUCCUGGUCAAGUUGGAGAGGAAGCUUCCUUUGUUUUUUCUAGUUUAAUUACACAAAAGGAGGAUCUACAGAAACUAGCCUUCAAGGCCAAUGCUCUUGAUAAACUUCACAAUCAGUUGCUAAAUUAUUCAUCGCAUCCCAGGCGUUUCCAAGGAAUAUUGUUGGUAUUGGCCGAUCUAUGCUCAAACUUGGAGAGCUGCAGGUCUAAAUUCCUAUCCCUGAAGGCAUCGAAGUUGGUGACCAAUGCACUAACUAAUGAUAAUGCUGAUGUACGUGCUGCAGCUUGCAUUUGCUUAAGAAGUGUCUCUCGGUCAAUCAAGAAUCUGAGUGCAGGUCAUUUUACGAAUGAAGUGAUUGUUAUUCCAUUAGUUCGGCUUUUACAUGAUCCUUGUACUUCAGUUCAGGUUGCAGCUCUUGGUGCUAUUGGCAACAUUGUGGUUGAUUUUACGACACAUAAGUCUACAUUCGUAAAAUGUGGAGGUCUAAAACUGCUUGUGCAAUUAUCAAAGUCAAUGGAUCCGACGAUGAGGUUAAAGGCUUUGUGGGCUUUGAAGAACUUGACGUUCCUUGCAGACAACACAUGUAAAGAAGAAAUUCUUUUGGAGCUCACCACACCGUUAUUAUCAAGCCUUAUCUGUGACCCCGAGGCUUCUGUUCAAGUCCAAGCUCUGGCCCUAGUUCGCAAUCUUGUGGAUGGAUGCAUAAAUUCAGUUGAGUAUGCGUUUGCUGAAAAUGAUAUUAUAUUAGAUGCUAUUGGAAGGCAGUUGCAGAGUGCUUCAAAAGCCGAAAUUGGGAUACAGGGAAUGUAUGUGCUCGGCAAUAUUGCAAGUGGGAAUGAGUUUCAUAAGGAUGCGGUGAUGCACCAACUCGUUCCCCAAGUGAAUGAUGGGGACUGUUCUUUUAUAGUCAAGUUUUUACAAAGUAAUGACAGCCAGUUACGUACAGCAGCCAUAUGGGCCAUAAUAAAUCUCACUUUUCCAUCAAGUCCAGGUGCAUCAAGUCGGGUUAUAAAAUUACGCAAUGCUGGCAUAGUUUCUCAAAUAAAGACAAUGGUCAAUGAUCCCUCUGUAGAUGUAAAGCUCCGUGUAAGAACUGCACUUGGGCAAUUUAUGGCUUUUAGUGACGGCUCAGCAUGAUGUCUUUUUUCAUUUUUCCCCCAUUCCUUGAACCCCAAGCAAAGAGAAGGAAUAUUGAUGCAGUUUGGUUUUUCACCUUCUCUGUAAGAUAUAUCUAGCCUUCUGUCGGUGGCCUGGAAAAAAAGGGUGUGACACAUUGCUUUCAGUUUUUUUUCCAGUUAAAGCAGUGUGAGAGCUUACUCAUUUUGUAGGUACUCCUGAGCAAAUAAUUUAAUAGAAAAUCUCAUUUCUGUGAUUUUUGGAUCAAAUUAUUCAUUUUGUUUUAUGGUCUUGAGAAGAGUGUACGUACAAUCUGACUCCUACAUAUUGCCAGUCAUGUUGGACCAUCGAUCAGUCUCAUUACUACUGUUAUCAUUUAUCACAUGCACGGAUGUAUUAGAAUGUAAAAAAAUAUUUGCUUUUUUUUUUUUUUUUUAAUGGUUCUGUGGAAGCAGUAUUAUGGGGGUGCGAAAUAUGGAUGGGGUGAUGGUGUUCUGCAAUUGCGGCAGGGUUACUUGCACCGCAGACACGAAGACUAGACUAGUUUCGCUGAACACUCUUAUGCUUGGGGGGAAGAAGAAUCAGGAAGAUUUUUCAUUGAUCAGAAAAUGUACUUUGAAUAAAUCGUUGGUUGAUAUAUUUAGACAAGAUCCAACUGCCUUACACAAGGUCAUUGGUGGCA